AAAGAAAAUUGGCGGGCGCGAACCCCACUAAGCGGUGGAAGCAGGCUCUAUUUCUGCGCAUCGCCGUCAAACGAAGCGCAAAGUAAACAAAGAAAAAAGAGAAAAAAAAAAGAAUACGACAAAGGGGAAAAUAGAAACCUUAAGAAAUGGCCAAGAAAGCACCGUCGAAACACUCCCGAGCGGCGCGCCGGGCGACCUCGCCCAGCAUCAACACGGACAAGUCGCUCAAGGAGGUGCGGCUGCCGGAGCAGUCGAUAAACCAGCGACCGGCCGUGCUGGCCGCACACCACCACGCUGGCGUCUCCAAGAAGCAAAAGCACCGCAAGAGCCAUAUGACGUCCAAGAUGCGCCGACGCCAGGAGAAGAGCAUGGACCGCGCCGAGGCUGUCAUGGACCGGACGGCCAAGAAGACGGAGAAGAGCUUCGGCCAGGCCAAGACGGUCGAGGGCAGGAGGAAGGCUUGGGACGACAUCAACGCCCAGGCUCUGGGGGCGGAGAAGGGGGAGAAGAAGUCCAAGAAGCAGCUCGAGGCCGAGGCGGAGCAGGCAGAGGUCGACAAGUUCUUUGCAAAGGAAGACGAUGAUGCGGCCAUGGGCAACGCUCCGGUCGACGGGGUCGUGUCAAAAUUCGAUGCGAUUUCUGAAAGUGCGCAACCAGCAACAACAGCAACAAGCGACGAUGACGAAAUGUUGUGAUUUUUUUACCGAGUGUGUUUUUUUUCUUCUUUGGUUCGGAUAUAUUGGGCUGGAGCUUCGGGCGGUGACUUGCACCAAGAAAGCAUACAUGACGGCGUUAACGGUUGGCUUACUGGGGUACAAUCUGCCACUUAUGGACAUUAAAUGCAUCAGUAAUGAAAGAAUCAUGACCACG